UUAAGUUUGCAGAGGUACACUUCCCUUUUAGGUUGGUAAUUAAUCAUGGAAGGACACAUAUAUAUAUAUAGUAUCUCCACUCAUAUUCUUUGAUACUUGUAAAUAUCAACAACAAAGAGAUCAAAGAAUAUCAUAAAGCUCCUUUAAAAAAAUGGAUUUGAAGAUUCAAGACGAAAAACAAGCUUCAAAUAUUUUCGUCGCUGAGAAAGUUGAAAUUAAAUCAACAUCACUCGAAGAUACUUCUUCGAGUGAAACUUCCUCAAAGGAAAAGGAAAAUGACUUCAGUUCAAAACGGCCCCAGAAAACCGAGAAACGCUAUAUAGGUGUUAGAACAAGGCCAUGGGGAAAAUAUGCAGCCGAAAUUAGGGAUUCAACAAGAAAUGGAAUUAGGGUUUGGCUUGGAACAUUCAGUAGUGCAGAAGAAGCAGCAAUGGCUUAUGACCAAGUUGCUUUGUCAAUGAGAGGUCCAUCAACUUGUCUAAAUUUCCCUGUUGAAAGAGUUAGUAAAAUGCUACAAGAAACAGAAUGUAAUUUCUUGAGAAAUGGAUUGUCACCAGCAGCAGCCUUAAAGGAGAAACACAAAAAGAGAAGUAGUACUGUUUCAAUCAAGAAAGGGAAAAAUAAACAUGUAAAUAAGGAAGAUAAUAUUGUAUUCAUAUUUGAAGAUUUGGGAACUGAUUUAUUGGAUGAACUCUUGUCUGAGUAUUCCAGCUCAAAUUAACUUAAUUUCCAUCUGUAAGUUUAUCCACUUAAUUCUUCUAUAUUUCCUCCUUGUUCAUGUUUUUUUUUUUCUUUCAAUUUACUGUGUCCCUUUUAUCCAGUAAAUUAAUUCAAGAUUCUGUAAAUUCAUUUCCAAGACCAGAACUUCAUAUAAACUUAACCUCUUUUUUCCCCUCA